CGCUUCCAGUGCUGUCGGAACUCGGUGGCUGAGGAGCACCUGGGCUCUGGAGCAGAGGGGACAGAGGCCGAGGAGGCAAAGGAGGAAGAGGACGUCGCGGAGCAGGAGGAUAGGGAGAGCGCGGAAGACACUGAUAUGCUGCCGAGCAAGAACGAAGAAGAAUCUGGUGAUGCUCGCGAUGCUGAAGCUGGUUGCAUGGACACAGCUAUAGUUGAGGUGGACUCUUCCGAAGAUGAAGAAGGCGCAGUAGAUGUUUCUGGCUACAACGAGUUGGGUCAUGACGGGCCCUCUGACGUGGAAGCCGGCGAGUCUUCCGUUCCCGUCCCUGACGCAGAGUUUGCCGAGCUGACAGAGGUUGCGGAACCAUGUGGUAAAGAAGUGCCAUCGCAUCUGUUCAGGAGGAUAAAUGAGUGGAUCAACAUGGUCAACGGUGAGAAGCUGGCAUGUCUCAAACAACUCCAACUUGCAAGUAAAGCGGGAGGCAGUGAGGCGGAACUCGCUGAUGUUGUUUUUGCCGCCGCUGCUGCCUUGUCUCCUCCGC